UCUGUGUAUUCAACGGUCAUAUCAGAUUUGAAUUUGUUAUUGCCACAAUUUGAUUUAUUGUUUCGAAGUCAGUCUUUGAACUGAAUAAAAUUUAUUUAAUAACCACGCAGUGAAAUUUCCCAAAUAAUUUGUAUGGAAAAACUAAAAGAUGUCUGUAAUAGUGAUUCAACGUGAACUUGUUGUGAGAUUUAAGAAGGAAACGCUAUUGAAUAUUGGUUUGCUGAGUAAGCUCCAGCCGAUGCUGCCUGAGCUUUCACGACUCCUAUUCAAGGAAAAUGCAAUGGACAAGCCUACCCAGAAUCUAUUUAACCACCUAUCAUACUACUUAGUGUCGAUUAUAGAUGCACAAGUUGCCUCGACCUUUUCAUGGCCUCUUUACGACACGAAGACAGAAAGAGCGUAUCGAAAUGAAUUGUAUACAUUUAUAAGUGAUUAUAGUAGUAAAGGAAUGCUUUCUCCAGUGAUGUCUUCCUAUUUAGUGAACCCUAGUUGUUACAAAGUGACUGUGCUAAUAUUUCAAAUGUCGCAGUUGGCGGUACAGAAAGUAUUGUUAUUAAAAAUGCGUAAGGAUUCACACAAAAAGUUAUACGAGGAAAUGACCGAGAAAUAUGAAUCUAAGCAAAAGGAUGGUUUUCUUGAAGCUAUAAAUAAAGAGACAGAAGCUAUGCUCAGUAAGUUUUCAAACUAUUUAUGUAAGCGUCAAAUACUGGAAAGAAUAGCUGAAAAAUUUCGUAAGCGAAUACUAGAAAUGGAAGACAAAAUAACAAAAUUGAAUGCACAAAAGUAUAUCAAUGAUUUGGUAGAUGGAUUUGUAUCACAAAGAUUAGACGAUGCUGCUAAAGAAGAUGCAUUAAAAGUUAAAAAUGUGUAUGAGCAACCACAAUUCUUCGAAAACUGGUUGAACUAUGUUGACGCAGAUGUAAAUAGAAUGCAAAAUGAGUGGGACAAUAAAGUAACUCCAUUCCUUAACACAAGUAAAAAUACCUCUGAAUAUACGGAAGCUUUAGUUAUGAGAUACACAGGUCAAAUGGAGAGAAGCACUUAUAUGAUAGAGUAUAAUGCAAAAACUGACAAAAUUUGCACAAACGAUCUACAAAGCCAAGUAAACAGUGAACAAAAGUAUAUACUAAGGAAUAUAGAAAAAGACGGAAAGUUGAAUUUUCCGAACCUAAUUCGAGCUUUUGUUAUUUCUAUUUGUUUUGUAUUAAGGAACAAUGAUGUUGGAGAUCAGAUAUAUAAAUAUAAUGAUUAUUUACAAGGUGGGAGGAAUAAAUAUAAUGAAAUUGUCAGCACGAUGAGGGUACUGUUGGAGAGGAUAUUGACUGCUGAAGCUAAGUUGCAGAUAAGUCCCCUGCCAGUGAACAGAUCUUUGCCACUGAGAAAAUACACACAUAUACCACCCAUGCCAGAUUUAUCGGACCUGAUAAAUGAAGACCACAUCCAAGCUCCAUUCGAUACAUUCACUCCGCUGGCAUUCUCAAAACAAAAGUUCAACCUACGAAGGAAUGAUAACAGAAGUUUCAGCAAACCGUUCCCUAAAUCCCUUAUUACUCCCUUCCAUCAUGUACCAAGGGAUGACUUUAUGAAAAGCAUUAUUUCAUAUAACGUUAACACAUAUGACCACUUAAGUGUAAGCCGAAACAGUCACAACAUAUCAGUUAUGUCACAAAUGAAAGGGAAUGAAACAAUUGCAGAAUGUGCUUCAGGAUUUACAAGACAGCAAAUACAAAGGCUCCUCUCGACGAAAAAGACAAGCAGCUCGAAAAAGUACAAAUAUAACACUGAACGACCUGAUAUUCAUAUCAAAAAGGGUGGUCUGUUUAACGAAUCGUCAUCAUCAGUUCAAAGUAAUGGUCUAACAAGAAGUUAUUCUUCACCCAAUUUGUAUGAAAAUAGACCGAAGAAAGUCAUGUCUAGAGGGAAAGGCAGGAAAUUAUCUAUAAUGAAAGAAGAUAGUCCGUUUGAAGUGUCCGGUAUAUCUGCGCUAGAUAACGACAGCAAUUUUAGUACAAUGGGACUCGCUAAUGCGGAAAGUUCGAGAAAGUAUUCCAAUUCGCCAACAUUACCCACCGUGAUUAUUAAUAGUGAUGUUGAGAAUAGAAUAAAUAACGUCCUCAAGGGAUUAGACGCAAGCAAAGAUGUAGAAACGAGUAACUUUUCAAAUAUAUCAGAGAGAAAGAGCAUAGAAUCGAAAACAGAUACACCAAAAACAAACACGCAACUAAUAAAGAGAACAAGUUCUAUCGAGAAAAUUAUUAAUCGCUUCAAGAGAGUGCGAGCAAGUGUGAUGCCGGAAAAAGAAGAAAUUAUCACAAUAAAGGAAGAGAAACAUGAAAAAACAGAUCACGUAACAAGCCGAGUGCUUCUACCAGAUUUAUUAAGUCCUAGUUGUCCACAGUUGAAUGUAAAUUCAGAUUUUCUCAACGAAACACAGGAUGAUAAAGUAUAUAGAAAGCCUAGAGAGAGUCUGGGCACAGCGUUGGGUGUCGACCAAACGUUUUUAGAUCAAUUCGAUUUAAUAGACUGAUAUUUAUUGCACAAUUAACUAAUAACUUUUAGUAUAGAUUAGCUGUCUGGUUACAGUGGGCAACUGUUUUAUGAUGAAAAUAUGACUUAGGAGAUAAAUGUAUGAUUUUCUCAUGUGAAAUAUAAGAAAAAAGAAAUGAUGAAAUAGAUUCAAAAUUUUACUAUUUAUUGUGAUAAAAUUAACUACUGUGUUCUAUCUCAAAAAAUUUAAACUUGUUGACACACUCAUUCUUUCUUUUACUAACACGUAACAUAAGUAAGUCAUUAAUGUUUAAAAUCCUUUCUUAAUAUGAAAUAUAAUAUGCUAGGUAUAUGUAAUAGGCUAUUCAUUUAAAACAUAAUCAUUUAUAACUAGCUUCCGCCCGCGACUCCGUCCGCGCGGAAAAAUUAAGAAAAAUUAAGAUUUUUUUUUCUACGUAUUUU